UAAUUGCUUUGUGUAAAUUUGUGAAAUUGUUUGUGCUUAUGUUGAAAUUAAAAUGGUCGAAAAAGCAUUAUAAUAUGAUAUUAUGGUAUUGACUAUGAAUUUAUGAUGGAACUGACAUGGACUCAGCUUGCUUUACAUACGAAGGAGUGCCUAUUUUGUUCAAUCAAACACCAUGCGAUUAUAAACCUCCAGUUUGGAUUUUAGGAAAAUACUACGAUGGAAAAUAUGAAGAAAUUGAAAAAGUUGUGAAGUCCUGUCUUUGGUUUACAUACAGAAAAGGUUUUACACCUAUUGGUGGAACUGGACCUACAUCAGAUGCUGGAUGGGGUUGUAUGUUACGAUGUGGUCAAAUGAUUCUAGCUGAAGCUCUUGUUCGUAGACAUUUAGGAAAAGGAUGGGUCUGGAAUAAAAAAGUUAAAGAUGUGAAAUACAUGAUGAUACUUAACUCAUUUCUGGACAAGAAAGACAGUUUUUAUUCAAUUCAUCAAAUUGCUCAAAUGGGAGUCUCGGAAGGUAAAAAUGUGGGCAGUUGGUUUGGACCCAACACUAUAGCACAAGUAUUGAGAAAGCUUGUUCAAUUUGAUGAAUGGAGUAAAAUAUCUGUACAUGUUGCUAUGGACAAUACCGUUGUAAUCAAUGAUAUCAUAUGCCUGUGUAAAUCUUUGUCUUUAGCACAAGACAGCAUUUCUACAUGUAAGGAAACCAAAUCAUUGCAUAAUAGACAUUUCAAGUCAAGUAUUUCCAGUACAAGUGGAGAUUUUGCAUGGAAACCCCUUGUUUUAUUUAUUCCAUUACGUUUGGGACUUUCAACAAUGAAUUUGGUUUAUGAGAAUGCUCUUAAGAAGUGUUUUACUCUUGCUCAAUCGCUUGGUUGUAUUGGUGGUCGACCUAACCAUGCAUCUUAUUUUAUUGGAUAUAACGGAAACAAGUUGUUAUACCUGGAUCCACACGUUACACAAACUUCAGUCGUUUCAGAAGAUCUCAAUAACAUUGCGGAUGAGACCUUUCAUUGUUGCGUCUCUCCCCCUUGGAGUAUGAGUAUCUCAGACAUGGAUCCUUCAGUUGCUUUGGGCUUUUAUUGCGAGACAGAAAAUGAAUUUAAUGAGCUAUGUUUCUCUUUAAGAGAGAUAAACAAAUCUUCUCCGCGCCCAUUAUUUGAGGUCAUUAACGACCGACCUCCUCACUGGCCUCCAUAUUAUCCUCCAACUCUUCCUAGUUCAGAAGAUGCUCCGUUGGACUUUGAAACUGUUCAAUCAGAUAUUGAUGAAGAGUAUGAAAUUAUAUAGCUCAUCGAAAUGUAAUUAUUUUGUAUUACUUUGAUAAAUUUUUGUCGUUUAAUGUGACGUUUAUUUUUUAUAUAUAUGAUGAAACUAAGACCAUCCUGUCUUUUUAUUUGUGAAGCUCACCAUUGUUUUAAGGUUAUAUUAGUGUGUUUUGAAUAAUGUACAAAUUUUACGUAUUUAUUUAAUGAUUGGAAGUUAUUUCCAAUUUAUGUUUUUUUACUUUUAAAGAGGGAACAAAUGAAAUAUUUGGUUUUUAAACCAAUCUUUGUAAUUAAUAAAGGGCUCAAAACAACUUAAAAA